AUGGAAAACGGAGGGUCUGAAAGCCUUCUAAAUGAUGAGGAGGCGAUGUGGGAAAAUGUGGAGAAGAACCGGUACAUUUUGUGCCGCUACAUUAGCCCCAGCAAGCUGACCUCGUAUCUGAGGCAAUGCAAGGUAAUCGAUGAACAGGACGAGGACGAGGUGCUAAACUCCCUAAGGCUGGAGACCAAGAGCAACCGUACAGGUCGACUGCUGGAUAUCCUGCACACCAAGGGCGAGCGAGGCUAUCUGGUGUUCCUGGAAAGUCUGCAGUUGUACUACCCUAACCUAUACAAGAUGGUUACUGGCAAGGAGCCCACUCGCAGGUGCUCUUCUAUUGUAGUGGAGGAGGAUCAUGAGGGCCUCAUCCAGUUCCUAAUGAAUGAGGUGAUGAAACUACAGCAGCAGGCCAAGGCCAAGGAUGUUCAGCGCGUGGACAUUAUAGCCAAGAACCGCACACUGGCAGAUGAGCAAAAAAAGCUACGCUUGGCCAACCAGGAGCUGCGUACCUUCCAGGAACGCUAUAACAAGAUAAAAGAAGAACGCAACAACUGCAACGAUGAACUCAUUAGAGUGAAGGACCAUAAUUACCAGCUGGCCAUGCGCUAUGCCCAGCUCAGUGAGGAGAAGAACAUGGCAGUCAUGAGAAGCCGAGACCUGCAGUUGGAGAUUGACCAGUUAAAGCACAAACUUAACAAGGUGGAAGAGGAGUGCAAAAUGGAGAGAAGGCAGUCACUAAAACUGAAAAAUGACAUUGAGAACCGACCUCGCAAAGAGCAGAUCUAUGAGCUGGAGCGUGACAACGAGCUUUUAAAACUGAAAGUCCAGGAGCUGCAGUGUAUUAUACAGUCUGGACCACUGACUGACUCAGACAAAGCCCUGCGGGACAUCCUGGAACAUGAUCGACAGGAGGCUUUGGAAGAUCGGCAGGAGCUGGUAGAAAGACUUCACAAUCUGCAUGAAGAUGUACGGCAGGCUGAGGAGCUCAGGGACAAGUACCUCGAGGAAAAGGAGGACCUUGAACUUAAAUGUUCCACAUUGGUGAAGGACUGUGAAAUGUACAAGAACCGCAUGACUACCAUCAUGGUUCAGCUGGAGGAAGUGGAACGGGAGCGUGACCAGGCAUUUAAGGCCAGAGAUGAAGCCCAGAACCAGGUGUCUCAGUGUCUGAUUGACAAAGACAAGUACCGUAAGCAGAUAAGGGAGCUAGAGGAGAAGAGCGAUGAGCUGCAUAUUGAGAUAAUGCGUAAAGAAGCAAAGAUAGUCACCUUGGAGUCCAAAUUGAGGCGCCUCUCCAAAGAACAGGGCCUGGAUCCUGAUCUGACUUUACCUCGAGAUUUUCCCCUGAAAAUAAGAUUUCAGCAAUUUGAGAAUACAGACACCAAGAUAGAUGGACCAUCUGAGGACUCUGGGGAAGAGCCGCUUGAAGAUUACUUCCUGCCCUCUAACAACGAAGCCCCUCCAAGGAUCAAGCGCAGACUAAACCUCAAAGGGAUAAGAGCGAAAUCACCUAUCUCGCCACCUAAAUCUUUAGAUUUCCAAGCUGCACUACAUAACAAUGGGGAACUUUCAGAAACUGCAAACCAAGAUGCUGGCCCUGUGAAUACACCCUCGCCCUUUUGCUCAAAUGCUCGUUUCCGGAACGACAGCAUUAUGUCCACAACUGCCGAGCCUCCAGAGAAGGCCUCCUUUGUUAGAAGGACUAAAGAAGGAGAUCAUGAAUUUGUGCCCAAAUGCCUUGAUACACUGGACUCUGAUAGUGGGGACUGUGUGGAAUUGGAUGAAUCAGACACUCACAGUCCUCCCAGCAUAUAUUCUUCCUCAUCCUCUCAUCAGUCAGAAGGCAUUGACUCCUAUGAUCUAGAGCAAGUCAACAACAUCUUUAGGAAGUUUUCACUGGAUAGACCAUUUCGACCGUCUCUCACGUCCUUUGCUCGUCCGACCACUUUGCCCCCAGUGCAGGAGCUCUCUCUCUCUGUAGGCUCUCUCCUGUCAGAUAUUAAUCUGGUUGGGGGCAAUGACAGUGGAAUAUUUGUUUCCUCCGUCAGUCCUGGUUCUAGUGCAGAAAAGGCCGGCUUAAGAACUGGACACCACCUCUUAAUGAUUAAGGGUUGUAUCCGCGGAGAGAGCCAGAGUGUGCCUCUUGACACAUGCACUCAAGAGGAGGCUCACUGGACGCUGCAGAGAUGCACGGGGAAUGUUCAGCUUCAUUACAGAAGUAACUUUGAAGGCUACAGACGUCUUCUGAAGGACAUUGAAGAGGGCCGGGCAGUGUCAGGUGACUCCUUCUACAUUCGAGUCAACCUCAACAUCUCAGGCCAGUCAGACAGUUGCUCGCUAAGCGUGAAGUGCGAUGAGGUGCUUCACGUGUUGGAUACGCGGUACCAGGGCCGGUGCGAGUGGCUGUGUGCACAUGUAGACCCCAUCACUGACAAAGACCUAGAAAAGGGCACCAUCCCCAGCUACAGCAGGGCCCAGCAGCUCCUCCUGGUAAAGAUCCAGAAGCACAUGUGUCGUGGAGGUCGAGAAGAGACAGACAGUCUGCGGGGACUGAGGAACAUGUUGCAGCCUGAGGAAACUAGUUUGUUAGAUCCCAAGAGCAGCCCACGUAUGUCCAAAGCUGGCAUCUUUAUUGGACAGAUACUGCAGUUUGUCAGCAGGGCAGAUAACAAGUACAAAAGGAUGGACAGCAACGAUCGUGUGCGCAUCGUCAAUUCCACCAAUCUAUCAUCUCUUCCCAGAACAGGCUUUGAAACCAUGAAGCCUGAGGAUUUUUCAUAUUCGGAGAGCGAUCUGAACAAGAGCGAUUUGAACCUGAUCCCGUACAGUCCAGUUACACCUCACCACUGCCCACGCAAACGCCCAGUUCUCUUUUCUCCAAACAUUCUGGCCAAAACCAUUGUCCAGAAGUUACUUAACUCAGGUGGCGCAAUGGAGUUUAACAUCUGUAAAGCAGAUAUCCUGACCAAAGACGAAUUCGUCAUGAAGCAAAAGAUCGAGCCCAUUAUCUACUCUAAGGAGAGGCAGGCCAACACAUAUGAGUGUGUUACUCCAGAAAACAUUGAAGCAGUUGCCUUUAAGAAUAAACACUGUCUUCUGGAAGCGGAUCUGAGCUGUGCCAAAGACUUGCUGAGGAGAGAGAUCUAUCCCAUCGUUAUUUACAUCAAAAUCUGCGAAAGAAAUAUUAAGAAAUUAAAGAGACUACCCCUAAAAGUGGACUCAGAGGAGGAAUUCCUCAAGAUGUGCCGUGCUAAAGAAAAGGAGGUGGAGGCUCUGCCAUGUCUGUAUGCCACUGUAGGGCCCGACUCAUGGGGUGGAGUGGAGGAUCUCCUCAAGAUCGUCAAAGAUAAGAUAGUGGAUGAGCAGAAGAAAACCGUGUGGGUGGAGCAAGACAUGCUCUAGUAACCUAACAUGACCUGAAUGUUGGGGACAGACACUGACUGUCUAAGUACUGUACAUGCCAUGCUGUGAAUCUUUUCCAGUGUUUGGUAUGUCCACUGGAAAGAAUGUCCAGACCACAGCCACAUGAAGAGGUACUGUGACGCUAAGAAAUGUGGUUUCUGUGCUGCGAAAGCAAAUGUGGUCCAGGAUUGAUGGCCCUUUUUGAUAUCAGUCACUGCCAAAGAUGGAAGCUUUCUCAUGCGAAGUCUUUUGAUAUUUUAUUCUUCAAGCGUGCCACUCCUGUCAAUAAAACUUUCGU